AUGCCCAGCAUCAUCCUCAAGCUUCGUAAACUGCUCAAGGAGGAGUACAACCUGCAGGCUGGCGUGAAGAAGCAUGUUAGGUCCCUAACCCUGGAGCUCGAGAGGUGGACCAGGUGCCAUGGAACUACGAAAGGUGGACCAGGCCGCACUACGAAAGGUGGACCAGGUGCCAUGGAACUACGAGAGGUGGACCAGGCCGCACUAGGAAAGGUGGACCAGGUGCCAUGGAACCAGCUCGAUGAGCACGUCAAGCUCUGGGCACACGAGGUGAGGGAGUCAUCGUAUGACAUGGAGGAUUCCCUUGACACCUUCCUUGCGCAUAUCCAAGGCCGUGAAGCCACGAAGAGAGAGGGCUUGCUCAAAUGCCUCAUUGGGAAGAUGCCAAACUUGGUCAAGAAGAGCAAGAAGCGACGCAAGAUCAGCAUCGGUGUCAAGGACAUCAUGACUCAUGUCAAUGAGCCCUUGCAGCGGGGUGAUGCUACCAAUGCGAAGAUGAAGAUAGUAUCAGUUGUCGGAGUUGGUGGGUUAGGCAAGACCACUCUUGCAAAAGCUGUCUAUGAAAAGCUUAAAGAUGAUUUUGAUUGCAAGGCAUUUGUUCCUGUUGGUAGAAAUCCUGACUUGAAGAAAGUUUUCAAGGACAUUCUAAUUGAUCUUGAUAGCGACCGAGACCUACAGUUAAGCAUGGCAAUAUUGGAUGAAAGGAUGCUCAUAAACAAGAUCCGUAAAUUCUUCAUUGACAACAAGAAAAGUUAUGGUAUCUGA